AUGGUGGUGUUUGGUGUGAAGGGCUGCACCAGGCCCGAAGACUUGGCCGCCGACGGGGAGAAAGACGCCGGCGGCGAUGUAGAGAGCGGCGACGACGAUGAGGGAGAGAACGAGCGCGGCGACAGAAGCGGCGACGCCCCGCGCGGCGAGCGUGGCGACGACGGCGAGAAGGAGGCGGCGGCGGUCGACACGGGCAGGGCCAGCAGCGGCGAAGGCGUUGAUGGCGUCGACGUCAGCCACGACACCCGAGGUGCAGCCGCCGCCGCGCUCCCUUCCUUCUUCUCGGCCGACGUUGGCUGGACCUCCGCCUCUUCGUCGUCCGUCGUCGUCGUCGGAGGCCCGGGCUCGGGCUGGGGCGCGGGCGCGGGCGAGGCCUGGAGAGACCGGGCCGAGCGAGGGGGAGGUGGUGGCCCGGCUCGCUUGGUGGCUGGCGCCGUGUUGUCGGCCUCCUUUUUGUUGUUGGCCGCUUCUUCUUCGACGCUCUCGGGCGUGGUCUGA